CAUCCACAACAGUAUCAGCUGUGCAGAAUUGGACGAGCAGAAACCCAAACAAUGCUGACGUUACCAAUAUUAUGUUUUAAAAGACAGCCGAGUACCACAAACGUAAAAUGUGCACAAUUGCGCAGCGAAAUUUUCAAAUGAAAUAGUAUUAAAUGCGUUUCGUCACACUAUUCACUAUAACCAGCCAAAUUCAAACACCAGCAGCCUUCGAUUUCAACAAUUUGUUUCUGCUUGAACAACUGGCGCCUUCUUUUGCUUGUGAUAACAAUCGGCCCCCAGGUAUAUACCUGGUUUCGCAGCUAACAAAAAAAAUUAGCUGUUCUACUUAUUUAGCAACUUCGCUCAGCUCAUUAGCAAACCAACCGAGGUGAAAGCGAAUUGCAUCAUGUUCUCGCAUUCGGGCUAUGUUAUGACGCUUGCGAAUAGCAUAAUAGGUGUCGGCAUCUUGGCGAUGCCUUUCUGCUUCCAGAAAUGCGGAAUUAUCUUGUCAAUUGUAUUGCUCAUACUCAGCAAUUGGAUAACGCGCAUCUGCUGUCACUAUCUGAUUAAAACUUCAUUGCUGACACGUCGCAAAAGCUUUGAAAUGCUUGGUCUUCACGCUUUCGGCACAUCCGGCAAACUUCUGGCGGAACUCUGCAUCAUCGGUUAUCUGAUUGGCACGUGCAUAACGUACUUUGUCGUCGUUGGCGAUCUGGGACCACAGAUUGUGGCCAAGCUCUUAGGAUUGGAGAUCACAGAGUACCAACAUCUACGCACCUUGGUCAUGUUCGCUAUCACCGUCCUGUGCAUUGUGCCGCUGGGCAUGCUGCGCAAUGUGGACAGCUUGUCGGCUGUCUGUACUGCCUCCAUUGGAUUCUAUGUGUGCCUCAUGCUCAAGAUUGUGCUCGAGUCCGAGUCGCACAUUGUGGCCAACGAUUGGACAGAGAAAGUCGUCUACUGGGAGCCAGCAGGUGUGCUCCAAUGCCUGCCUAUCUUUAGCAUGGCCUUGGCCUGCCAAAUGCAACUUUUUGAGGUCUUCGGCAGUAUCAAUAACCAAAGUCUGGACAAAUUGAAUGGCAUUGUGCGCAAUGCGACGUGGAUUUGCACACUGGUGUACAUAGCUGUCGGCUUCUUUGGCUAUGUGGCUUUCUGCACGCAUAGCUUCUCAGGUAACAUCUUGGUAAAUCUGUCGCCUUCAUUCGGCAGCGAUAUUAUCAAAAUUGGAUUCGUGCUUUCUAUUGCAUUCAGCUUUCCACUGGUCAUAUUUCCAUGCAGAGCCAGCAUCUACUCCUUGCUAUAUAAAAAGGGUCACAUGGAGAGCAGUAAUUAUAUACCAGAGCAGCGCUUCCGAGUUAUAACACUCUUCAUCGUCUUCUUCUCGCUUUGUGUGGCGCUCAUUAUUCCCUCUGUUGAGCUCAUUAUUGGCUUAGUCGGCUCCACAAUAGGCGUUGCCAUAUGCAUAAUGUUCCCCGCGUCGAGCUUUCGCCAGAUCAUUAGAAAAGACUCCACGGAACGAACGUUGGCACAGUUUGUGUUCGUCAGCGGGUUUUGCCUGAUGAUUCUGGGCACGUAUGCCAACCUGCACGCCAUCGAUGCCCAGAGCUCUGGUCCCCAGUUUGAUGCAGUGCAAGUGGUCACACCAUUGUUAACCAACGAAAUCCCACCACCCGUCGAGGUUCCCAAUAUACAAAACUCAGAAGUAAUCAAACGCUUAGUGAAAACCAACGAGGCUGAAGUCAAAGAAGUAUUAGGAAAACUGGAAGAGAACAAACGUGUACGGGCCGCAGAUAACAUAAAUCUUGUCGAAAAGCCCAACGUUGUGAUCGCUGUUUCCGAUAAUCCACCGAUGCCACCACUGCCUGUUGACGAAUCCCAUGGCGUGGAUUCGAAAAAUGAAGCCCCACCAGAAAAGUCUGAAAGUCUGCCCAAAGAAGAACCCCAACCAGUUGCAGUUGCAAAAGAUGCAAAAAUAGUUCUCAAGAAAAACUCGACAAGAGCAGAGGAUGUGGUUCCAGUGAGUGUGGCUCCCGUGAAGGAGGAAGCUUCACAACCCAUGAACAUAGCUGCACAGCAGACCAUAGAUGGAGCAGCCAUCAAAAAGGAGGAGGAAAUUACGGCCGAGGAGCUAAAGGAUAAAAUAAUGGUAGUCGAUUUGCUCAAACAAGAAAAAGAACUUAGAGAGAAAAUGGAGAGAUUGGGUCGCACUGUAGACAAGCUAAACGAGGAGUUGGCCAAACAAAAGCCACAGAGUGCAGACACAAUGAAACUUUUGGAGCGCAGCGUCGACAAGAUCAACGAUCAAUUGGCCAAUCAAAGCCCCAAUAAUCCGAAACCUCUGGCUCUGAAUGAACUGGCUGAAGCACUAAAUCAGGUCAAAGAAACCAAUCGUCUGCAAGAUGACAAAAUCAAAAGAGAAGAGAAGCCACAGAUGGCACCGCAAGAGCAACAACUGCAACCACAACAGCAGGCACAGCCUCCAGCUCAACCACAACAGCAGCCACAACCUCAACCACAACCUCAACCUCAGCCUCAACAGCAACCACAAGCUCAAUUACAGCCUCAACAGCAGCCACAACUGAAACUGCAACCGCAACAAGAGGUCAACAACACGCUAAGGGAACGGAAGCCCGCUUCACUGCUGGAAAUUCUGACGGAGAACGCUCACGCGCGAGAGGAGCAGGAAGCGCACGCUGGCGUCUUUGAGCCGCUCUCUUACAAAACGGGCGAGCUGCUGCGGAAUGCGAGUGGCGAUGCACCGCCACUAGCCCAACGGCUGCCACUGCCUUUAGCGCUGCUCGCCAAUUCAACCAAGGCUCGAGCUAACAGUAGUGUCUUAGCUGCUGAGCUGAUGGCCAACAAAUCAAUCGAUGCUGAAAACGUGGAGGCCAUCCGGCGAGAGCUGCUGCAGCUGAAGGAGCAACAGAUGACGACGACGGCACAGCCGGCGAUACGCGUCAAACGUGACGCCGAUGGCAAUGAAAACUGUCUUCCCGAACCAAAACUGAACGAAGUGAAGAGCGGCGGCUUGAUCGGACUCGCCCUGCAAGUGGAGAAUAUGGGACGUGAAUUGAAGUCCGUUAAUGACGAUGAUCUCGAGAAAACGAGCUCGGUACCCAACACAGAGACAGACACAGACACACACACAGAUAGAGAUAGAGAUGAUAAAAGGCUAACUAGUGCGCUGAACUGAACUGCAAGCACUACGUGCAUCAGAAGAUGAUGUAACAAGAUGUAUAGACAGAUGUACAGCUCCAGUCUAAUGUUCACAGGGCCAAUAAGCUUUAUUAUUAACUUAUUUAUAUUGAAAGAUAAUGUAUUAAUUUAGUAUCUAGCAGAAGAUGCGCCUAUAUGCCUAGCAAUAUAUAUACAUAGUUAUAUAGAAAACUA